AAGAUCCGGGUCACGGCGAGCGAGUGAGUGAGGCGGAAGUCGAGACGUGGCCGCCUAGCUGAGGAGCAGCGCUAGCACUCUGAGGGGGGCGAGGCAGGCGAUGGCGGCCGCGGCGGCGCUGAGCUCGGAGCGGCUGGAGGUUUCUAUCGACGGCCUGACGCUCAGCCCGGACUCGGAGGAGGCUCCCCGCGGGGCCCAGGCCCAGCCCAGGAGGCCGCUGCCGGCUCUGGUGGCGGGCGACGGGGAGGAGGUCGAGGAGCAGGAGGCUCCAGCCGAGGAAGAGCCGGAGCGGGAGGCCUGCGAGGAGGAGGAAGAGGACGAGGACGAGGAGGAGGAGUGCGGAGACCGCGGGGCGCGGAGCCUGGAGCGGUGCUGGGGCUUCGGCCUGGAGGAGCUCUACGGCCUGGCGCUGCGCUUCUUCAAAGAAAAAGAUGGCAAAGCAUUUCAUCCAACAUACGAAGAGAAACUCCGACUUGUAGCAUUGCAUAAACAGGUUCUGCUGGGACCAUACAAUCCAGACACUUGCCCUGAAGUUGGAUUCUUCGAUGUGCUGGGAAAUGAUAGAAGGAAAGAAUGGGCUGCCCUUGGAAACAUGACAAAACAGGAUGCCAUGACAGAGUUUGUCAAGCUCUUAAAUAAGUGCUGCCAGCUCUUUUCCACAUAUGUUACUUCCCAUAAAAUAGAGAGAGAAGAACAGGAGAAAAAAAGGAGGGAAGAGGAAGAACGGAGACAACGUGAAGAGGAAGAACGAGAACGAUUGCAAAAAGAAGAAGAAAGGCGAAGGCGAGAAGAGGAAGAGAGGCUGAGACGGGAAGAAGAGGAGAGGCGGAGAAUAGAAGAAGAAAGAUUCCGCAUGGAACAACAAAAGCAACAGAUAAUGGCAGCACUGAACUCCCAGACAGCUGUUCAGUUCCAACAAUAUGCUGCCCAGCAGUAUCCGGGCAACUAUGAGCAACAGCAGAUCCUAAUUCGUCAGCUCCAAGAACAACACUAUCAACAGUACAUGCAACAACUUUAUCAGGUCCAGCUUGCACAACAACAGGCAGCUUUGCAAAAACAGCAGGAAGCAGCAGCCACAGCAGGAGCUUCAGUUACUUCCAUGUCAAAGGCCAACUCUGCGGUCACAGGAGAAAUCCCAUCAGUAAAUGGACAAGCUAGUCCUCACACAGAGAGCCCAGAAAAAGACCUGGAAACAGAUACUGUAGAAGAAGCAUUAGAGAAUGGACCAAAAGAAUCUGUUCCAGUCAUAGCAGCACCCUCCAUGUGGACGAGGCCGCAGAUAUCAGACUUCAAGGAGAAGAUUCGCCAGGAUGCAGACUCUGUGAUCACAGUUGGCAGAGGAGAAGUAGUGACAGUUCGUGUACCAACACACGAAGAAGGCUCUUAUCUCUUCUGGGAGUUUGCUACAGACAAUUAUGACAUUGGUUUUGGGGUAUAUUUUGAAUGGACAGACUCCCCUAAUACAGCAGUCAGCGUACACGUCAGUGAAUCCAGCGAGGAUGAGGAUGAAGAUGAAGAAAAUGCUAACAGUGAAGAGAAAGCCAAAAAGAAUGCCAACAAGCCUCAACUAGAUGAAAUAGUGCCUGUGUAUAGACGGGACUGUCACGAAGAAGUGUAUGCUGGCAGCCAUCAGUACCCAGGGAAAGGAGUCUAUCUUCUUAAAUUUGACAACUCCUAUUCACUAUGGAGGUCAAAAACAGUUUACUACAGAGUCUAUUAUACUAGAUAAAAAUCUUGUUCUGGUGUCGGAGGCUGGGGUAUUGCAGAAGACGUCAUGUUGUUUGGGAUUUCCGUCACGCAUAUUGGACCUCUUGACUCUGUUACCCUGUCUGAUGUAUCUGUAUGGUUUUGUGUGUGUCCGUGUUAACAUUUGGCACUGGGAAUUGGGUUUUCCUCUGCAGCUCAGUGUUAAUGCAGUCUGUUGGGGUUAGGAUUUCCCCAGUCCUUUCUGGUGACAUGGUUGUUGGCCAGAUCGUAAGAUAAAAGGUUGCACAAGUGGCAUAUGGUUGACCUUUCAGACCUCUUAAAUGCCUAACACACACAUAAUAAAAAGAGGAAGAUGUUUCUUUAAUUGGUGGCAGUCCAUAUGGUGUUGCCUGGCCUAUAUGCUUUCAACAUUUAAAAACAAAACUGUUAGUUGUUCACACGAGGGCAUCGGCCUUAUCUCCGGGGGAGGGAGUCGGAUGCAGUCUGCACUGUAGAAAAGCAAGUUUCUUACAACUGUAUUUGAAUGUCAGAUUUUUACACCAUUAAACUUGAAACCUUAGUGGAUGCAGUUUAGAAA